GUCAUCCACUGCCAUGUCGUUCACCAGAAGAAAAAGCAGAUCUUCCGUGGCAAAUCCUGUAGAGGGGUGGUCUGCGAGAAGCCCCAUUACACGAAGGUUCAUCAUGUCACAUUACGCGAUGGUAAUAAGUUGAAGGUGAAAUCCGGCACGAAAGUCAUCCGCAGAUGUUGGCGCCAGCUGAGGCAGUAUCUCCGGCAUGCCCCGCGUAAGCCUGGAAAUCCCAUUCUCACCCGUAAGAUCCGUUCUGCACGGUGGCUUUACUGGUACCACCAUGAGAAUCUGUGGACGAAGACAGCAGAGAUGAUCCAAGCUCUUCUGUCGCAGCGAAAGCGGCAACAACGUCGCAAUGCAAUGUCAUGUUUUCUCAUCCGCGGGUGCUCGCGUCGCAGGAAACAAUUUAUCAUGUUAUUGAUGCUGCAAGUAUACUCACUAGAUGCUCUGAUGCACAUAUAA